AUGAGUAUACUACACGAUGAUAUUGUGAUUAUUACACCACCAGAAAAAGAAGGUGAAGAAGCUACCGUCGUAACCGUUAACUGUCCUGACAAAACCGGUCUAGGUUCUGAUUUAUGUCGCGUCAUUCUCUUAUUUGGUCUCACCAUUCUCAGAGGAGAUGUUUCAACUGAUGGGAGAUGGUGCUAUAUAGUAUUUUGGGUGGUGGGAAAAGAAAAUGCAAGAUGGAGUUUGUUGAAGAAGAGACUCAUUGCUGCUUGCCCUCCUUUUUCUUCAGCUUUUGCAUUUUCUUAUUAUUCUACUCAUCUGCACUCUCCAAAGCCUCCUGAUCUUUUUCUUUUGAAGUUUUGUUGCAAAGAUCGUAAAGGUCUUUUACAUGAUGUGACAGAGGUUCUGUGUGAGCUAGAGCUCACCAUACAGAAAGUGAAGGUUUCUACUACACCUGAUGGAAGAGUGUUGGAUCUAUUUUUCAUUACGGAUACGAGAGAGCUUCUGCAUACAGAGAAGAGAAGGGAUGAUACAGUUAACAAGUUAACAGCUAUUUUGAAGAAUGUUUUCAAUACAAUUGACAUUGAAUUGGUUGAUCCAUCUAUUUUUGAGAAUGUCUUCAAUGCAACUGAUAUUGAAUCAGUUGACUCAGAAUUAGUUGAUUCUGAAGCUACUGGUUUUUCUCAAGCAUCUCUGUACCUUCCAAAUGUAAUCACAAAUGUAUUUGAUUUGCAAAGUGGAACUUUUAGAUCAGAUUCUGUUUCUAUUGUGAUGGAUAAUACAUUGAGUCCUGCUCACACACUUGUUCAAAUCAUGUGCCAUGAUCACAAAGGUCUUCUUUAUGACAUCAUGAGAACUAUGAAGGAAUACAAUAUUCAGAUAUGUUAUGGGAGAUUCUCAAAGAAAAGUAGAGGAAAAUGUGAGAUUGACUUGUUUAUCAGGCAAGUUGAUGGCAAAAAGAUAGUUGAUCCUAGCAAGCAAGAGUCUUUAUCGUCUCGUCUUAAGAUCGAACUACUCUGCCCACUCAAAGUAGCGGUAGUGAGCAGGGGUCCUGAUACAGAAUUGCUGGUUUCAAACCCUGUCGAAUUGUCUGGCAGAGGAAGGCCACUUGUUUUUCAUGAUAUCACUCUUGCUCUCAAAAUGCUUGGACUUUGCAUCUUUUCGGCUGAAGUUGGAAGAUACGUGAUUGGAGAGCGCGAGUGCGAAGUUUAUAGAAUCCUACUUGAUGAAGGGGAGGGAUUAUCUUUUCCAAGGAACAAGAUUGAGAAAGGAGUUUGGGAAAUGUUGAUGGGUUGGGAGUGA